UAGGCUGACACUUUCGGUUUAGAAACGCGGCGACUGAAGAGGAGAGAGGGAGCUUUACUGCGUCAUUCCGAACAGUCCGAUUAAAAACCUGAUUUAUUUGGUAAUUAGUGGAUAAGCAAAGAGAAAUAAUGAAGCUGAUGCUUGCCUGCGUCGUCUUCGCCUUCCUGGGCGUCAGUUCCUUCGCUAAGGAGUCUCCACCAAAGGUCCAGGUCUACAGCCGUAACCCUGGAGAGUACGGAAAGGAAAAUGUUCUGAUCUGCCACGUAAGUGGCUUCCACCCACCAGACAUCACCAUUGACCUGCUCGAAAAUGGGGCUACAAUUCCCAAUGCCAAACAGACCGACCUGGCCUUUGAGCAGGGGUGGCAGUUCCACCUGACCAAGAGCGUAACCUUCACUCCCAAAUCUGGAGUGAUGUACAGCUGCAAAGUCCGACACAUGCAGACCACCAAGACUUACAACUGGGAGUCAGAUGAGUAAACCAAUAUCUGCAGCCUUGAUUCCUGAUGCAAUAUGUUGGAGUAGAAUUGGCUUUCACUAUGCAUUGACUUCAGCGAUAUCUUCGGAUUGCAACACUCUGACCAAGACAUUAAUACAUUGAUCUGUCUUUUAAACCUAUCAUAUUGUUAAAUAACUUUCCAUAAUCAAGCACGCAUAACAAUAAAAUCCUUUAGUUUCUGGCUUUGCUCUUACAUACUUUUACAUUACAUAGAUUAGGGACAUUUAGAAAUUUCAGUGAAGUUGCAUAGUAAAUCACAACGGUGUCUUCUGUGUGUACAUAAUCUGAAAAAUUGUGUAUACAUAAUACUUAUCUUGGUCUGCUUUUCUGUAUAGCUGAUUUGUUGUUUAAACCUUAUAAGGUAUUUGUGGUUUUUUGUUUCUGUUAUAUUUUUAUGAACUAUUAAUUUUUCUUUAAAAAUUGGAAAAGGAGAUUGUAAAUGUAUGAAUAAAGCAAACAAAGUUUGUCAAUAAAUAAAUAAAAUUCCUCCCUA